GCUGCUGUCUCGCGGCGUUUGGAGGUCUUUCACGCGCGCUGUAUGGAUGCUGAAUCUCUGGCGCUGCUGUAAACGCGACACGGAAUCAACAUGUCCAAUCCUCCGCACGACCCGUUUUACUCGUCCCCUUUCGGACCCUUCUACCGGAGACAUUCACCAUACAUGGUGCAACCUGAGUACAGAAUCUAUGAGAUGAACAAACGACUCCAGUCCAGGACAGAGGAGAGUGAUAGUCUGUGGUGGGAUGCAUUUGCUACUGAGUUCUUUGAAGAGGAUGCUACAUUGACCCUGUCCUUCUGCCUGGAGGAUGGACCAAAAAGAUACACAAUCGGACGGACCCUCAUCCCUCGUUACUUCAGCACGGUAUUUGAGGGAGGUGUGUCAGACCUCUACUACAUCCUGAAACACUCCAAAGAGUCCUUCCACAACUCCUGCAUCACUGUGGACUGCGAUCAGUGCACCAUGGUCACACAGCACGGCAAGCCUAUGUUCACCAAGGUGUGUACGGAGGGCAGAUUGAUUCUGGAGUUUGCCUUUGAUGACCUGAUGAGGAUCAAGACGUGGCACUUCAACAUCAGACAGUAUCGAGAACUCAUCCCUCGAAGCAUUCUCGCCAUGCACGCUCAAGACCCUCAAGUCCUGGAGCAGCUCUCAAAGAACAUCACCCGCAUGGGACUGACCAACUUCACUCUCAACUACCUCAGGCUGUGUGUCAUACUGGAGCCAAUGCAAGAGCUAAUGUCUCGACACAAGACAUACAACCUCAGCCCGAGAGACUGUCUAAAGACCUGUUUGUUUCAGAAGUGGCAAAGAAUGGUGGCCCCUCCAGCUGGACAUCCACAGAACUUCAAAACGGAAAUCUUCCCCACAAAUCACAAAAAAGAGCCCACUCGACAGACCACGACCAAGAGAAGAAAGAGAAAGAACUCAGCCAGCAGUGCGUCUAACAGUAGCCUAGGCAACAACGCUGGCAGCAAGAAACGCAGCCCUGCCAACAACUUCAGUCUGACCAGCCAGGUACCUGAUGUGAUGGUGGUAGGUGAGCCCACCCUGAUGGGUGGAGAGUUUGGUGAUGAGGAUGAGCGUCUGAUCACACGGCUGGAAAACACGCAAUACGACGCCACCAACGGCCUCGACGAUGAUGACGACUUCACGAGCUCGCCGGCGCUUGGCAACAACAGCCCCUGGAACAGCAAGCCACCCACAGGGCAGGACAGCAAGCCCGAGAGUACGGCCUCUCAGCCUUCACAGUAGGAGACAACACAAGCAAUGCCCCUUUAAACCACCAGGGCGGCUCUCUCUCUCUGACCUCACUUUUGACUGUCGAUUAUGUAAAUCCCAUGUCAUGGUGUUAAUGAUGUCAUCCAUUUUCACCAGAAACUGAUGAUUCCACUCCAUAUUUUGGGUGACAUUUAAGAAAACUGACCAAAUGCUGGCAGCAGUUGCUCACUGGAUUCUUUUUUAAAUAAUCUAGCUAGGUUGAAAAGCAGCAAAAGAAAUUAGACUCUUUGGUGGACUUGACUUUAGCAAAGCUGAAUUCAUUUAAAGAGCAUUCUGCAUUAACAGGUGAGACCUGAAUUUUCGACAACUUUAGCCCAAAAAUCAAUGUAAAAACUACUGUCUGUCUUGCAGUUGACCACACAUCUCCAUAUCGCUGAAAAGAUGCUCGUGUUCGUUGUCCUCUCACUUGGGACUGGAACAGCACAAGCAUUCACUGAGACCAAGCCCUGAACAUUUGCAUUUUUAUUGGAGAUUUCUUUGGCUGUUGUCUUUUUCACUCUGUUUUAAAUUAAAGGCGAACCGUGUUGCGUUCCUUCAACACAACAGACUGUAUUAACUUAGGCUUUUGGCUUCCAAAGAAGAAACAAAAACACAUACAGAUUGUAGUUUCAUUCAAAACUUUCCUAUUUUAUUUCAGUGAAUAUGUGUUAUUUUAUUAAUUUGUGAUUAUUCUGUGUUCUCCUUGUACUGUACCAAUGAGGUAAGGAGUUACUUUUUGAUGGACAGGCACAUAUAAAAAGCAUAUUUGUCCAAACUUCGCAUCAUACCCUGUAAUGAGUUAUUUUCAUACUGGAAUAUGAGAUGAUUCUGCAUGAUAUUUUUAAAUCAGUUAGAUGUUUGUUUAAUUCCAGACUUUUGAGACCAUGUUGGGCUUUGGUUUUUGGUUUGAAAGCACAGUAACCAGGGUUAUGUGACUUCAGGUCCUCAGCACCUGAUGGAAAAUGCAGCUGUUUGGAUCAACUUGUAGUUUGCCAUGUUUUUUUGUCCAAAAAUUAUGGAUUUCAUGCUCAGGAAUGAACACUGCACUAUGAAAUGAGACAGUUAGGAACAGGUUACAGAAAAAUAGGCCACACAUUUUCAUUUGAUUAGCUUAUGGGUUUAAAUAACAUUAAGUAUGUCUAUCUUUACGCUAGUUUUAACAUGUAUGAAAACAACCUUUUUUUAAGGUGCAGUAUGUAAGAUUCAGAAACCCUUGUUAUUAAUGACACCUGUGGCCGUUAAGUGAACUUCUGUUAACUGCCUAUUACUCGUGAUCGCACGCACACACUCUAUAGGGACUCUAAAGAGACUGAAUGUGAUUCGGUUGACAGAUAAGGUAGCAUAAUUAAAAUUAGACAGUUAUGAUUGUUUUACUACAAACUUUGAGACUGCAUAUUAUAUUUGACUCUCCAGUGCUGGAACAGGGCUAAAACAAAGUGUGGAUGUAGGUCUGACUAUGCGAGACUGUAGUUUGAAGUAAUCACUUUUCUUUGACUGCAUUUAUACGAUAGCCUAUGUCGGCGUUAGCUAGCUAGCCAGCUUUAUCAAUAGCUGUUAGCUAAAUUUGGUGUAUGAUGACAGUAGCUGUUUAUAAAAUAGACUGUACAUUAUAAAUAUGUUGACACAAUUCAGUAUUAAUGUGAUUCCAUCGUAACUGUCAUUUUAAUAUAUCGAUGCACUAUUGUUUUAUAAUUAUAGAUUGUAUAUAUUUUCUGUAUAACCAAGUUACGUUACACUAAUGAAUGGAGCUUUUUGCAUUAUCUUGAACAUUGUCUAACAUUAAUUUCAUGUGUUAUUGUAGUUUACCUUGCUGAAUAAUUACAGAUGAACACUGAUUAUGACAGUUACUGUGAAUCACCAUACCUGACUUUUAGUAUAAAGAGAAGAUCGUUGAAAUUAUUUGAAUGUUACGAAGCAAGGUAGCUUGCAAUUCGUCAGCGUUAGCAGGCAAGAUCAAGUUAGCUAAAAUGACACAGAUCAAUCCUUAUGGGACUAUAUUUCACAUGCUUUGCAGUUAUGUAAGCUUACCUGUUCAAUAAAAAGAAUGCCAAUUCAGGGUCGGUUUUGAUAACCAAAACCGAACGAAGGUCCCUCCAGAAAUCAAAUGUCCUGCCGAUGUUCACUCUAGUUUUCGCUUGACCACGAUCACUUUCCCGCUUAGCCAGAUGGGAUUCAUUAAAUGUUUUUUUUUGUUUGUUUUUUUUUUGGCUUACUCUGAGUUUGUGUAGGAGUCUGUGUUGUGUUUGGACACGUGUGUGUAACGUUACCUAGUGUUGCAGACUGUCUGUUGACGCUGUUAAAUAAGGAAGCACUGAGGCAAGGCUCUCGGGAGCGUGCAUAAACGUCACAUCCUUUGGAUUUUCCCGGCAAGACGACCCGCUCCCUUCGCAUGAAAAUCAGCCUACAGGCUUUAAUAGGCAACCUAGGAAGUCCAAGAAGUACUCAUUUGUGUUACAAGCCGUUCACACAUUGGCAAAAAAAAAAGGCGAAUAUUACAUGAAAAAUUUUACAUAUUGCACCUUUAAAAAAAUAAAAAUAAAAAAAAAUAACAAAAAAAAAAAUGCCCUUAUUUUGCAACAUAGUCAGUCAGUUUCAUACAGCUUUAUGUCCUUUCCUUAGUUAAAUACACACUUAAUUAUUUGAAAAUCCCUCUUGUUUUCAUAUAUGAUGAACUGGUAUCUUAAUUGAUUCACUGGACUUGAAAAGUGUUUGGAAGUCCCUUUAAGAGUUUCAGUGUGCUUUAAUGGAAGGGGGAUUGUGAAGUUGAUGAUAAUGAUGAUGAUGAUGUUGAUGAUGAUGAUGACAAACAGCCAAAUUAUUUUUUAAGGUUUUUUUUUUCUUUUUCUUUUUUCUGUAUUUUAUCAUUACAAAAUGCAUUUACUGAACUUCAUCUCAGUCUGAUAU